ACAGGAAAGAAUCACAUGCACCUGGAGGACGAGCAUACCAGCCUGGAGUUUGCCGUGCAUCAUUGCGCUGUGCUGUCAAUAAUCAGAUAACAUGGGGACUUUGGUAUUUGGAAGCACAUGAGUUAGGUCAUAACUUAGGUAUGUCUCACAGUGAUAAAACAGAAGAAUGUAAAACACCACCAGCAAGUAAUGGGAUCAUGGGAACUUUGCGAAGUGGAUGGAGUAUUUGCUCCAGAAACUCUCUGCUGCAACUGAUAGACAACAACCUGGCAGAGUGUCUGUUUGAAGAGAAUGUCAAGCCAAACGAUGUUGCAGACACUUUUAAAAGCUUAACACUAAAUGGUCUCUUACCAGGUCUAUACCUUACACCAGAUGAUACAUGUGAAAUGAACUAUGGACCAGGCUUCCGUUACAGAGAAUUUCCUAAAGAAACUCCUAAUACUGAGUGUAAGUUCCAUUCCUGUACAUAUUACAUUCAUAAUGAAAGAUUUGGUGAGAUGAAGGUGAAUUAUCAUGGAAUAGCUGGUGCUUAUUGUGGAAAGAACAAGGUAUGUUUACUAAAUCUACAAUGUGUCAGUGUUGAGACCCUAAGUUUGAAAGUGCCAUUAACUAUCCAGCCAGGUGGUUGGGGAUCAUGGAGUGCAUGGUCUGAAUGUACUUCAGUUUGUGGACCAGGGAUCAAGUACCGAGAACGAUUAUGUACAAACCCAAAACCACUGAACAGUCCGAAAUGUCAGGGACAGCAAUACAGUUCUGUUGUUUGUACUGGAAAGCCAUGUUCAAGAAAACAGUCAAUGCACAACAUAAUUCAGAAGGCAGUUAAUGAUGUAUGUGGACAUUUUGUGAAGAUUGGAAUUCUGAAUACCAAAUAUUAUAGCGAAGGAACAUUACAUGGUUCUGAUAAAUUAGCUGUUUGUGAAGUAAUUUGUCAUUCAAACCCAAGACAGGAAUUUGAUCGAUUUGCUAGAUUUGGUUUGCUUCCUGAUGGUACCCCAUGUGAGGUUUUUAAAUCUUACCAGGACCCACUGAGAUGGAAAAAGAAGGCAAUAUGUAUCAAUGGUGCUUGCAUUCCAGUUGGAUGUGAUGGUCUUCUGAAUGGUAAAGAAUUGGAUACCUGUGGAAUUUGUGGUGGUGACGGACAAACAUGUAAAAGACAAUUUAACAUACAUUAUUUUAAUGCAAGAUCAAAUCCUUACCUGAUAGUGAAGAUUCCUAAAAAUGCAAUUCGUAUCAAAUUUAAAUUUGUCAAUCCAAAGAGACAGACUUACCAGAUUUCACUAUUCUCCAAAGAUGAUCAACCAGUUUUGAAUGUGAGUAUAUCACCCACUGAAAAAAGUUCCACACCUAUAAAAUUUGCCAACACCUAUUGGAACUAUGAUGCUUCUUCAUUUCUAAUGACAUCAGGUCCACUUAGUGAAGCUGUAAUUGUCAAGAAUUUUCUACAGCUGGAUGUCUUUCCUGAUGCAAAUCCUCACCAGUUUCCAAGCAAGGUAAAUUGUACUUAUGUUGAUGAAAUUGUGAAACUUACGUACCAUUACACAGUUUCUAAACAGAAAGAGAACUGUGAACUCUCCUGUAAUGGAGGUGGUGAACUUUAUGAAUGUUCUUGUUUGUGCAGAAAUGGUAAAGGAGGUCCAGAAUGUUCAUCAUGUAAUAUUGUUUGUUUGAAUGGUGGAAUUGUCAAUGAGACUACCUGUGAGUGUAUUUGCCCAUCACCUAAUAUGUUACAACCAAACUGUCAAUGUGACCAACGACAUGCAGGCAAAGAUUGUACUGGAUGUAACUACAUAUUCUGUGGCCCUUAUGGAAGCUAUGACUGGGAAAGUUGCCAGUGUAUCUACCAGAAAGGAUCAUAUGAAAAAAAAUCCAAUGAAUUUCAAGCCAAUAUCCUCGCAGCAGAAGUCGAAACUGUUUGUUGUCAUGGCAACUCCAGUGUAUUGUUGUUGUGGGCAAAAGAAUUGAUAGCUACUAGGUUUUGUAAGGAGGAAUUAGGAACCUACUUUCAAAGUGGCCUUUUACUCCGUCUUCCACUCAUGGAUGCUAGAAGCCCGUCGACUUGAUAAAGUUCCGGAGAGCAUAGUCGAAGCCAUAGCUAACCUAAUUUCAUCGUAGGCCACCAUCUUGAAGUAAAAUACAAGGAGUGAUUGUAUUAUAGUUAAUAAAAUACAGUAUCACAGAAAUGUAUUCCAAAAGGACAACCUCCCUGUGAUGCUGUUCAAACUGUUUCUUUGUGGAUGACUUGAAACUGUGUAUGCAUAAGAUGAAAAAGAGCCUUGACAGAGUUACAACAUUCUCAAAAGAUAUAGGAUUGGAGUUUGGUUGUGAUAAAUGUUGCUAUAUAGUUUUGAAAAGGGAAAUCUGCAAACCAGACUAGUAGCAUCUCCAUCAAUGACUUAACUGUUUCCCCUAUAUCUGAUGAGGAAUGUUACAGGUACCUAGUGGUAGAUGAAAACAUAUCUUAUAUUACCUGUGACAAGGCGUCACUAUAGAAUAUUAUGGAUGGAUAAAGAAAAUAUAGACCUAGGAACUCUCCGCAUUCAAUAAAACAGUGGCCCACAAUGAGUUUGCAUUACCAGUACUCAUGCCAAAAUUUGGGCUACUUGAUGAGAUCCGAACCACUGAUGUGAAAACCCGGAAGAUACUGACCAGCACACAUAAUUUUCCCAUCAACAGCGAAGUAGAUUACCUGUACCUAAAAAGGAAAACAUGGAGGCAGAGGCUUAACGUCAAUCCAGACUGCUUUUGAAUGUUGUAUCCGUUCGGCAACAGCUUUUAAUCACAAAGUGUCAAAGUGUAUCCCUUAAAGAAGUUUGCAUACACGAGGCAGAUAACACCAUGAAACUUGAAAAGCAACUCCUCGAGCAAAAUUCCUUUUCUGAUAACCUUGAAUACAUGCUCAAAGAAGUCGCAUGACUCUGCUGCAACAUACUACAGUUACUCUGCCUAGAUUACAAAAUCAGGUUUAUACCUGUAAUUAUUGGGGCACUAGAAUGUGUAACACACUACCUAAGUAUCAAUAUUAAGAAAUUAGGCUUCUCAAAACCAGAAAAGAGAACGCUGAAUCGAAGACUACAGAUCCAAGCCAUUACUGGAACUUUAAAAUUUAGUAAAACUUCACAGAAUUUUACCCUUUAAGUAUAUACAGGCUUGUUUAGACAUGCAACUAUAUGCAUGAGAAUGCAUAUAUAAAAUAAAAAAUUACAAAUUUGCACACACACGCACACACACACACACUCUCUCUCUCUCACACACACACACACACUCUCUCUCUCUCUCUCUCUCUCUCUCACACACACACAUGCAAAAAUACCCUGUUGAUGUCGAAAUUCCAAUGAAGCCUUGAAUCUAGGUUAGAAACCAGCUCUUUCUCUAUUGGCAAGAAAUCUUGAAAUAAAACUGAAUAAUGGUA